AUGAAAUAGAAGUAUUCUAAUUAAAGUGUUAAUCAGAAUCAUAGAAGCAAUCCAAUGAACAAGACCUAAACCACCAAUAACAAAAAUAAAAAUACAAGUUUAGAUAACUCCCUAGCUAGAAAUACAGAUGAUUAUAGAAUUAAGAAUGCUAAAUUUGGAAGUGCUCUGAGUUCUCCUAAGAAAUCAGUUAGUCAGAAUGUAACAAAUAUGACAAACAUGUACAAUGGUGGUGGAGGUGACAAGGAGCUGAAAAGGGCAUUUAGUACCUAUUUGAAUGUAACUGGUCCUGGAGAGUAUACUCUACCCAGCUUAACAGUUGGCAAAUCAUACCAGUCUAACCGAAGAAAUGCUCCAGCAUUCACAAUGUCAAAUAAAACCAAAUUGCCUUAUUUCCCUCAGACUUAGAAGGAAUUUUAAGGAAAAGAUUCGCCUUCAUCUGUUCUCUACAGUCCAGAGCCUAACUUUGUGAGAUAAAAAGAUCCAAACUAUAAAAUUGGUACAUUCCAAAGAUUCCAUUUAUGCAAGGAAGAAGUUGAACUUAAAAGCUAAUUACCUGUAUCUUACUCUUAGGAAGUAAUUCACAAGGAAACCAAUACUUAUAAGUAAAUCGGGCAGGGUUAUGGAACUAAGUUAAGUUACAAGACCGGGAAAGAAGAUGAAACUAAUCCUGGCCCUAUUUAUAAAAACGAGUACUAUCAGUCUAUUCAGCAUAAGAUUGACAAGACCUAGGACAAGAAAGGCUCCACUUUCGGUGUAGACAAGGAGUAGCACGGCAAAGUCACCUAUGCUGGCUAAGAAAGAUGUAGAUUAGGCACACAAAGCCCAGGACCAGGAGUGUACCAAAACCCUGAUAAUAUAAGUAAGUUAAUCCUUGCAAAUUAACUCAAAUUAAUAGAAUAACUAUCAUCAGUAAGAAAUAAUUCAAGAUACUCUAUUCCAAAGAAUGACAGAGGAUUAUUGAAAAUGGUCAAAGAUGAGAAACCCAACCCUCACACCUACAAUAAUACAUCUGAUAUCUUCAUUAAUCGCAUUGCUAAGAAGGAUGCAGCCUUCUCGAUGGGGCAUACAGAAGAUAAAGGCUUAGCUCCAUCCAGUGCUGGCCCUGGACCUGGCCAUCAUCAUGGAGUACAUGAGUUGAAGCAGAAUUACAAGAUAUCAUCAUCAACUAAGGUAUUAGGUGCCGGAGCCUUUGGGAAAGUGUUCCUAAGCGAGAACGUUUCUGAUCCAACGUUUAAAGUUGCUAUAAAGGUUUUGAAUAAGGCGAAACUCAAAGAUAACAUUGAAGCUAUUAGAGAAGAAGUCAAAAUCCUGACUAAGCUAGAUCAUCCCAAUAUAGUGAAGUAUUAUGAGACGUAUGAUGAUGUUAAGUACAUGUACUUGGUCAUGGAGUAUUGCUCUGGUGGAGAGCUCUUCGAUAAGAUCGCCAGCUAGAAAAAUUAGAUGUUCAACGAAAGUGAGGCUGCUUUGAUCAUGAAAAAACUACUUCGAGCUAUAAAUCAUUGCCAUGCCUCAGGAGUAGUUCAUAGAGAUAUUAAACCAGAAAACAUUAUGAUAGGGCGUGAUGGAGAAAUAAAGCUCAUUGAUUUCGGGUUAUCUAGAAGGGUAUCUGAUAAAUAUUCUACAAUGUCGACUAUUGCAGGCACACCUUUUUACAUGGCCCCAGAGGUACUUGAUGGUGAGUAUGAUAGCAGUUGCGAUAUAUGGUCUAUGGGUGUUUUACUUUAUGUGCUUGUGUCAGGUUAUCUUCCAUUCUCAGGAGAUAACAAAUAGCAAGUAUUUAAGAAGAUUUAAAAGGGAGAUUUUAAUUUCAAUCAUAAGGAGUUCGAAAAAGUGUCUGAUGAAUGCAAGGACCUAAUCACAAAGAUGCUCGUUGUCGACUAUAGAAAAAGAGUCAAGGGUGUAGACGCCUUGAUGCACCCUUGGUUCCCCAAGUUCAAACAAAAUAAGAUCGGUGCUGAAGAAGAUAAACUAGACGAGAAUAUAGUAAACAACCUUAGAGCCUAUAGAGGAGUGUCUGCCCUUAAGAAGGCAGCCAUGAAUAUUUUAGUAAAAAUGGCAGAUAGCAAAGACAUUGAGCAUCUUAGAGAAGUAUUUAUGAACUUAGACUAGGAUGGCACAGGCUUUGUGACAGCCGUGCAGAUUAAGAGUGCUCUUAAGCAUUCAAAUAUAAACUACAAGGAGGAGGAGAUCGAGAAGAUCAUUGAUGAAGUUGAUUAUAACGGAGUAAAGAAGAUAAAUUAUACUGAAUUCUUAGCAGCAACUAUUAGUGUAAAGAAGAUUUUAACAGAGGAGAAGUUGCUUGCGAUUUUCAAACAGUUCGACACAGAUAACAGUGGCCGAAUAACCAAGCAAAACAUAUCUGAGGCCAUGAGGAAGCUAGGCCAUAAUAUCACUGGGAAGGAAAUCGAGGAGAUCAUGAAUAAGCACGAUUUCAAGAAAGAUGGAUACUUAACUUAUGAUGAAUUCAGAGAGAUAUUUUUCAAUUUAUGA